AUGCCGAAGAGUUCUCAACUAUGCGUCCCUGGUUUCGCCGGACAUCCGUGGCUUUCAGAUGCCAGUAAACGUUUUCUAGAAAUUGCUCGAAGAUGUACUAUACUGGAUAAAGACCCCGAUGAAAUACCAUGUGUAGUCGAAAGCGUUGAACAGACGAGUGAAAAAGAUCGUACAUUGCAUAAGGAGGUUAUUCAUCAAAUGUUGAAUGGUUUUUUCAACGAUCUUUUAUUGAAUCCCAAAUGUCAACCUAACUGGUCCAAUGAAUCUAUUAAUAUGGAUUGUAUCGAUUUCACUGAGUAUCAAUUAGAACUGAUGAAGCAUUUUCAUUGUACAAAUGAAUCAAUCUUGUUUAACAUAAUGGAAAGUCUACAGAAAAUUUUACAGUCAAUUCAACACACUUCUACUGCUCAACAAAGUUCAUCUCUACUAUAUUUAUUCCUAUUUGCAUUUUUCGUCUCUUAUGUAAAAUAUUAUCAAAAGAUACCGGCUAAGAGCUUUGUAUCGUCUAUUUUCGAACUAUGUAAAGAUCCAGUAACUGAUCAUAUUUUCUACGAUUCAUUAAUUCCAGCAGUUCUUGAGAUUCCCAAUCAUCAUCAGAGUGAAUAUAUAUUGAAUUUUUUAAAGAAUUCUAGCCUACCAUCGGAUUGCUAUAUCCUUCUAUGUAAACUAUGUUCACCGGACUGUAAUUGGCCCACGGAUUCAUAUCCUGUUUUAGAGCAUCUUUUCCAUUCAGUUUUUAUGCAUUCACUGUCGUCGUCGUCGUCUGAUUUAUCUACUUCGAAACUUUUUGUGAAAAUUUCGAACAAAUUUUACUCAGAAUUUCAAAAGGAUAUAAACCUGAGAAAAUCAGCAAAAUUUACUAACAUGAUCAUCAAAUUUUUACGCAGCUUUGUAAAUUAUCAUGUACGAUUUUUUGAUUCUUUAUUUACUAAAAUUAUAAUUGUUUUGCUUUUUCCUACUUUAUAAGUUUCUAUAUAUCUCCUUAUCUUCUGUGUAUUAUGUUUAUCUCUCAAGAUAUUUUCUAUCACACGUUAACGUUAUUCAAACAUCAAUUGUAAAUCGGUUGUUUUUAGCAAUCUAUUUGAUUGUAUUUUAAGAAACUGAACAACCCUAAACUACUAGGUAAUGAGGUAUUCCAUAAGUCUGACGAUCAAUGAUACUAUCUUGCUUCUUGAACCGAUGUAGAUUAAGUAGUCUUGAACUCGUAACCCUAAUGGUUAGUAACUGGUGACUGCUUUUAUCACGGAAACCCAUCUUCCGGUUGUAGCGUAGGAUUAGUCCGUAAUUGGCCCACAUGACUGAACCACUGGUAUAAAAAAAGUAGUGAAACUGAGUAACUUACAACCAAACGUUAGUCAACGUUAUUCCAGCUGAGUAGUACUCAUUGCGGUGUGUUUCAGCUACAAAGAAAAGAGUGGUAUUAUCCUGCCUAAAAUGUGAUCAAGAGUCUUUCCAAUCAUCAAUCAUAAAAAGCGCAAGAGAGACGAGGGUAUUAACAUUCAGUAACAAGUUGGUCCAGGAAAUCAGCGAAGCCUAAUAAUGCAUUUUUUUGAUAAAUGACUUUCUCUCCGAUAGUUACUACCUUGAAGUAGUGGUCAGACUUACAUAUCACAAUGACCCAAGAAGCUAUGCUGGUGAAACGCUUGUUCCCUCUGGGUCCUAUCAUACCAGGAAGGUUUAUUGGAUAGUGACUAGACGAAAAGAAUAUAUCGCUAUGAUUGAGGGUGUAUGGCCGAAGUAAGGUGUUUCCUUUGAAUUACCAGCAGUGCUACUCUGACACUACCUUCCCUAUUCGAAUGGAGGUGAGAAAAAGUUGGCCUUAAAAACAGCACAUUCCAUUCCGUCGUGCAAUAUAUGGUUACCGGCGAUUCAGUUUCAUAAUGGAAUUCAUAAAAACAAACUAAGAUAUCAAACUUCCGAAACGGCCAUAUAUGACUGGUCUCAAAAAGAUGUCUCUUGAGCUAUGUGGUCACGUACUAACCCUUCUUCUUCAAAUUUCUCAAGAGGAACUAACUUUUCAUGAUGUGGGCAGUUGAGAAGUGUGAACCACCCACAUAACUUUUUCAGCACUCAAGUCUUAUCUGAUCAUUAUCAACCUUCUACAUCUUUGCUUCUUAAUCUUCCUUCACGUCUCUCGGUCGAUAUUCAUACACCAUCUUCAGUUUCUUCUAACUUUGCUUUUGAAAUGUUAAUGAUUGUUGAUCGUGUUAGUUGAAAAACUGAAUUUUAGCUCUGUUGCAAUGACUGUAGUGAAAUGAACAUAACCGAU